UACGAUGGCCGAUGCUCCUCCCCAGUAUGUCGAUCGCCGAGGCGCUCGCUUUCCACAGCAAAAUUACGUGCAGUACCAACCACAACUUGCAACAGUCAUUAAUCAGAAUCCAAGCCAACCGAACGAGCAUUAUGUUUUUUCGCUCUUUACCUGUCUUUGCCUUUGUUCUCCACUCGGACUUAUGGCCAUUUUGUUGUCUCAGAGAGUUCGUGAAUGCAAGCGAUUGGGUGAGUACUCUGAAGCGAUGCGUGUGUCUAAGUUUGCUCGAAGGUUGAACAUCGCAGCUGUCGUCGUCACUGUGAUUACAAUCAUCUCGUUGCUUGUCCUAAUUAUAGUGCGUGUCAGCAAGUAGAAGGUAGCUAUACGCUCGUGGGAUGCUAUAGUAUACUAUGACAACAACUAUAGUGAAACGAUGGUUUUGAAUGAUGCAAGUAUAUUUAGAUCAAACUGUUGUUAGAGUUUGAUUACAAGUUUGAAAGUAUCAGAAUUUGUGUUGAUUGGUAAUUGCGUGCUUCCUCUAUGCUGUACUCAGAAUAAUUUGAUUGUCGUUUUCAUAAUUGAUGUU